AGGGAGAGUGCCAUAGCUGAAUCCCCUUGAGUUCUCAAUUCGGCAUUCAUGCCCGACAUAGAGCCGCUCUGACAUAGAGCUGCUUCGCGCUGGCUCGCUGCAGCAUCUUUGCCUCUUCGCUCCUUCGCCCUUGUUCGACGCCAUGGCUGAGCAGCCGAAGAAGCCAGCGGGCGGUGCCUACGGACAGUUCUUGGCGGAGAAGCGCCCAGAGCUGUCGAAGGAGACCAAGGGACAGCCCAUCACGGCCGUCACCAAGCUGGCCGGGGAACGCUUCAAGGCGCUCAGCGAGGAGGAGAAGGCAGUCUACCAGAAGAAGUAUGAGAAGGCGAAGGCGAAGUACGAGGAGGACAUGAAGAGCUUCCUUGAAGCAGGUGGCGAGAAGAAGGCGCGAAAGUCAAAGGAAGAGAAGGUGAAGCCAAAGAAGGAUCCUGAGGCACCCAAAAGGCCUGCAGGCGGAGCCUACGGCUGCUUCCUCGCCAAGCAUCGCGCGGCCUUUGCCGAGCAGUGCAAGGGCAAGCCCGUGACGGCCGUCACGAAGCUGGCGUCUGAGAAGUGGAAGGCACUCAGCGAGGAAGAGAAGAAGAUCUUCGAAGCGGAAUACAAAGCCAAGAAGGAGGCGUAUGACGAAGCCGUCAAGUCCUACGUGCCAAAGAUCAGUGACGAGCCAAGCGAGCCACCUGCCAAAAAGGCAAAGGCGCUCUUGGGUGCCUGAAUUUAUGGCAUUUGCCUUAAUUAAUCAUUGGUGCCACCCAGGAACAUUGUGAUUUGGGCGGAGCAUCACGAAUCACCAUUGCGCUUGCGCGGAAAGCGUAUGGGGGCGGUGAUUGGGACUGAGAUGCACGAACCAACCUCGCUUUGGAAAGAUAACG